AUGUCAACUGGCAAUAACCGAUAUGGUCUGCUAACAACUUCAAUUGCAAAUAGCCCUGCUACUACAACUGAACAGUUCGUUACCAACCACUUCAACGACCAUCAAAGGACUAUCCUACAAUCACACGAACAACAACGCAACAGCCUUUUCAAUAAUGAACAAAGACAAGUCACCAACCACGCUACCAGUCAUCUGACCACUGCCAUCAACUACAGUUUGGAAGGAUUCAAAUUGCCAGAUAUAAAACUACAAAAAUUUGACGGCAACCCACUGGAGUGGAACAACUGGUUCGAACUCUUCCAGACUGCGAUUGGCAACAACCCACGCCUAACCCCGGUUGAAAAAAUAACUUACUUGCAGUCAUUAUGCACUGAUAAUGCUAAAUCUUUAAUAGAGAGCUACGGAACCAAUUCUUCUCAGUAUGAACAGGCAAUACUUGAAUUAGUGCGUAGAUACGGUAACCCAAAAUAUGUGGUGUCAGCGUUCAUCAGGGAACUUGAAAAGUUUGACAAAUUGAUACUAAGCGAACCACAGGGCUUUAUAAGAUACGCUGCUUUCCUACGGAAACUAAUCCACAACUUCGAGCUCAAGGGUUACACCGCAGAUCUAAAUUCUAGUAACCUGACCCGACUUGCUCGCUCAAAAGUCCCAGUAAAUCUACUAAUGAAGUGGGAAGAACACUGCGUGCUGCACGAUCUCGAUUAUGCUACACUCAAAGACUUGGCGCAGUACCUCAAUAACUACUCGCGAGCAUGCGAGAGCCUGGAUAUAGAGCCCUCGACUCCAAACCAAGCGGGACGAAAUCGCCAACCUAUGAAACAACAACAACCCGACAGCCGACCCAACCAAUUUACUUCUAUGUCCAGGCAAAACUACGACAAAUCUUCAGGCAUAUCAGCAAGACCAACAACUUUAACAUGUCCAAUAGAUAACCAAAUUCACUACGUUGCAAAAUGUCCGGACUUUUUGAAACUUCCCUUAGAUCAACGGGCAGAGCUGGUGAAGCAACAUAAGCUGUGCUUCAACUGCUUAGGCCAACACAGAUUUAGUGAAUGUACAUCGUCUAAGCGAUGUUUCAUCAACAACUGCGGAGGGAAACACCAUUCAACUCUACACAUCGACAAAAAACCGUUUCAAACGCACAACCAAAAAUCAAAUAUUAUGCAGCUUGGCACUACAGUAACCAAGCCCUGGGUACAAGCUGAGGAUCCAAUCCAAAAUAUGAACAACAUCAGAAAUCAGUUACAAUUUAUGCCGGUAACACUGUUUAACAAUGGCAUCAAACUAGAUUGCUACGCCAUACUCGACAACUGCAGCAGCUUCUCAUAUAUCCUCAGCAAAACAACUGAAACACUUCAGUGCAAUCCAAGCCAACAACUACAGCUUAGCGUACGAGGUACUUUCAGUAAGGACAAAGUGUCUUCCUCGCUGGUCCGGCUUGGUAUCGGACCACAUAACGCUACAAAACCUACUUUCACCCUACAAUCAGUCUAUUCAGUUGAAGCUCUGAGUUUUGACGCUAUCGACGCAAACAACUUUAACAAAACGUGCUCACUCUACAAUCACCUUCGACAUGUCAACUUUCCUGAACUAGGCGACAACACAGCUCAAGUUUUGCUUGGCGUAGAUGCUUUCUGGAAUAUUGCGGAGCGCGAUAUCAGAAAAGGUCCUACAGGCACCCCCUACGCUGUAAAAAACCUACUAGGUUGUACAAUCACUGGCCCACUCAACUAG